GUUACUGAAUGAUUAGAGAAAUACUGGAGAACGUCGAAAUAAAAAUAAAAAGCAAAAUGCAGCGGAAAAAGAUUGGCAUGACUUUUUGCAAAGAAAUGAAAUCAAUUUCCGUAAAGAAAGAUAAAUCAAAAUAUUGCCUGAGAGAAUCUACCGCGAAGUACACAAGUUUUGAGAAACUUUUGCUAAAACAAUGUAGUCACUUCCCCUUGUAUACGCCGCAUGCCGUCAAUUGUAUUCUAAAUUCGAAAAUUCAAAGGUCAUUCAGGGAAUACGAAUUAAAGGGACCGUUGGGUGUAUUUUUAUUUCAAACUAUGGAACAAAAAACAGAAAAAUUAAAGGAAUUUUUGGCAAAAAUGGAAGCUCACUAUCGGAAAAAUGAACAAGCGAAGUUUCAUCAUAAGCCGAAAGUGAAUUAUGGAACGUUCGAUGCUAGUGAAAAUCAAAUGAUAGAAAUUAAAACGCAGCGAGAACUAGCUUGGGAUAAUUAUAAAAAUUUAACAACAAUCUCGGAAAAAUAUAUCCUUGAACAAGAGAAACCUAAAAAGAUAAGACAAAGAAUAUUAAGAGCUUCCAAAAAAGUACAUACAUGUUUUCAUUACGAAUUACUUACCGCAUAAAAAAGAAAUCUUCAUAUAUAAAUCUUCUUUCGUAGUAUCCAAAUACAACUUCAACGUCAUUUCGAAAGGAAGAGUCAUUUUUUUAUUAUUGCAAAAUUCUGCUCUUUCUUCAAACGGCUCGCAAAAUCGUGUUAAGGAAUCGAUUGCUAAAUGUACUUUCAAAAUUGCAAGGAUUAACACCCGAAUCAAUUAUCCAAUUUGAAGAACCGUUCAUAGGAAAUUAUUCGCUUACAUCGCAAACUUAAAUAUUAAAACGACAUACAAUCUAUAAUGUGAUCUAGUUAAAUAUUCACCGUUGUUACUAAAAUAUUUAAUUUACUGUAAGAGGAUUAAAUCUCGAAGAAAUCGGAUCAUUGCAAAUAUUUGAUUCACAGUUGCAUCCAUUAUCAUUUAUAGGUGGCACUGUUACAAAUGCCGCCAAAACAUAGAAAAAAGCGUCUGCUCAUGAUACAUAUUAGUAGUCUGAAAAUAGGAAGUCUGCAAAAGUAUAAAGUAUUUUUAAUACAAUUCAGUAUUUUAGGUAUUAGAUUUCAGAUUUUAGUUCUUCAGAUUUAAAUACUAAAAAAUGUGUUUCAACUUAAACACGAAUGUACAUUGAAUAACUUAUGCUUCUUCCAAUAAUACUGAACACAUGGAUUUUUGCUUAACUUUCAAUUGCAAUGGAAAGGUGAACCUUAACGAUUGGGAACUAGAUAGAAAUGGUUUAUUUAUACGUGGAGAAGUGGAAAACGUUUUAUAUCCGCAAGAUGACUGUCCCUUGUUGGGAAAGCAUGUACAACUUUUUAACUAUAGUAUGCCCGCUGCAACAGCAUUGUUAGACCUAAAACAUUUUAAUAAAUGCAUGAAUAUGCAGUUAAAAAUACUCAGCAGAUACGAAACUUACAAUCAAGUUUUAAGUUCAAAGACAAAUGAUGUUGAAUUUUAUUAUGUAAGAUGUGUUAUAUCAGAAUUUAUUUUAUAUGUUCGAAUGUACUUAAAUAGUAUUAAAGGAAAUUAUCAAUUAUUGAAAACUAUAAAUGAAGAUAUCGAAGAAGAAUUUAAUGAAUUAUUUAUUAUAAUGAAGCAUUUUUUGGAAAGAAUACGUAAUAUCCCUGAUACUACAUUUCAUUAUGCACCAUCUAAAUUAGGCAAUCAGUGUAUACAACCAGAAUAUCAUAUGUAUCAUAUGCACAUUGAAUUAAGGUGGUAUUUUAUCUCAUUGAUGUAUGCAAAGAACAUAUAUUGUCAAUAUUCAAUUGAAAAUCACUUGGAUGAAUUUGAAAAUAUGCAAACAAUAAUUAUUAAUGAUUUAAUUUAUAUUUCAUUAAAAAUAUUUGAAACGAUGCCUUUGAUACAUGUACAACAAAAAACUCCAUAUAAUUGUACUUGCAUUCGUGAAUUAUGGCUUAUGCUUCAAAUAUUUAUUGAUAGCUUAUCUGACAGAAUGAAAUCAAAGUCAUUUUGGGAGUAUAUAAAUGAUUGUAUCAAUGGAUUAUUGAACAGGAAUGUAUCUAAUAAAAGCAAAGAAUUUCUUACACUUCGUAAAAAUUCUGAACUAUUCUGUUUAUGGAUUGUUCAUCAUCUGUCACUGCUAUAUGGAUACAAUAGUGAUGGAGUAUACUUAGGAGCUAAGUGUUCAAGGAUUAAAGCAAACUAUGAACAACUAGAAAGAAUCUUGAAAACAUAUAUUUCUAAAGGUGGAAAAGAUGGUGAACGAGAUGAAAUUGAUGAAGAAUUACGUAUAAUGAUACCUUUAUUAAAUACUAUUGUUAUCAAUUGGUGGCAACCUCGAGUUUCAAUCAUUUCACUUCUUUGGGAUUGUUUUCACAAAAGAUUAGAUGAACCAUUUCUGUUACAAGCAUCUGGUCCUUGGACAUUGUCAGUUGAAAAGAAAUCCACUAUGGAUCUUCUUAAACAAAUAAAAGAUAGAAUUAAUAAUACGGAAUGUAUUAAAGAAUCAAGUUAUGGAAUGUUCUUACGUCUGCUUGGAUCCUUUUUACGGAUAAAUUAUAGUAACAAUGAUACAAAACAUUGGAAUCAAAUUAAAGCUGUUACUGCUGAUACUAUAAAUGUUUGCUCAGUAAUGUUAGAUCUUUUACCAUUAUCAAAAGAAUACAAUAGGGAAAAUAGUAAAAAACAUAAUUUAAUUUGGAAAGGAAAACUGGCUGUUCUUCUUUUAUAUAAUGAUCUUAAAUUGAAUCUAACAAAUAUAGCACCUCUAUAUAUAGAUACGGUAAAUACUAUAUGUUGUCGCAAAGAUGAUACAUCCCGUGCAAUGAUGAAUAAUUUUAUCGAUGUAUUCAGUACUAUUUUAUCACACGAUAGUAUUGAAUUAGGAGAAUAUUUAUUAUUUAGUGGAUGGAUAGAUCGAUAUUUAUUAGAAUGUUCAAACAAAAUGGUAGGAACAUUAAUGAAAGUAUUAGUUAACGUUUUUGAAAGAUGCAUUUAUGUUGCUAAGACUUCUAAUACAGGCAAUGUAGAACAAAUGUUAGAUGUUUUAUGGUGUUAUGUUGCAAGUAGAGUUAGACAACUUGUAUUUGAUCCUGUUCUUACUAAUGAACAUUAUAAAAAUAUUUCAAAACUUGCCGUUUUAUUUACUUUGGAGGCAUUGAAAAAUCCAACAAUGGCAAAGAAGCAUAAGCAUUCAGCUACAUCUCUAUUUCAACUUUUUGCAUCAUCAAUAAUUGUUAAAGACAUAAGAAUUACAAGACAUUAUUUAAUGCUAAUACUUAACCAAGACCAAGCAAUUCAUGAUUUGAAGAAAGAAAUAAAAAAUUUUGAUAUAAUACUUAUACAAGCAUGGAUAAAGUGUUCUAUCAUUGGUCAUGAUACAAACAAAGAUGAAGUUAAAGUUUUACAAAAUUAUGUAUUAGAAUUAAAUGAUAUCAAGGAAAUUUUCGAAACAUCUGAGAAUAUUCAAGAAUUUAAAAAUAAUGAUAAAUCUAUUUUAAUGUUUAUAAUGCAUUCAAUGAAAAAGAGAAACACUUUAAAAACUGAACAAGAACGAAUUCAGUAUGAUAUAAAAUGGAAAUUGUAUUUCAAUCAUUUAGAAAAAUGGAUUCUUUCACCUAUUACAGAAGAAACUAAAGAUUCAGAAUUGGCUUUGUGGAUAUAUAGAUGUAUUGGAACACUAUUUCUCUGUACUUCUAUUAUGUUAUAUUCUAAAAAUCAACCAAACAGUAUAUUUAAAAUAUUACUAAAUAAAACUAUAUUAUCAGUGGAGCAACCUUUUUUAAAAAAUUUGGGAAAAAAAACAUUUUCUAUGAUACUCUUGGGUGUGGAAGCCCUUAAUGUUAAAAGUGAUAUAUCACUUCAAAUACUAAUACGAAAUCUUUUUGAUCAAUACAUGCCACUCUUAAUAGUACCGACUGUUAAUGCAAAUAGUUUCAAAGUAUCCGACUCAUUACUAAAGUGUUUUAAAGAUGCAAAAGCAGAUUUUAUACGCUUAAUAUUCGAGAUUUUGAUGACGAAUUUUUUUAAUAUUUCAAAUGACAAUAUGAUGCAUAAACAUUCUUAUUUAGUAAUGAUACUUUUACAAAAUCUGCUUAAAGAUGAAAUAAACUAUGCAUGCCACAUAACAGAAUCCAUUAUCGUAAUUUGCACAUCAUAUAUUAUUGGAUGCUACAUAAAAGUUCAUGACCACCAUCCACAUAAACAACAAACUAUUGAUUUCAUAGAUAAUAUUAUUAGAAAUAGAUAUUAUAAAGAUAAUAAUUCUUUGCAGAAUAAGUUCUAUGAUAUAAUAUCCAGUUCUGUUAGAAAGUCAUUAUUAAUAAAUCAGCAUAAUACUUUUGAAUUUUUACAUUCGAUUUUAUCAAUAUCGACUGAAAUAAUACAAUUUUUAUCGCCAGAACUGGAGCAUAAUUUAAGUGAUUUGGAAAUUAAUCGACGUCCAAACGCAGCGUCUUUUAGAUAUUCCUGGAAUCAACUUCAAAAUCUUAUGAAAAGCAUUAAGACAAAUCACUAAUAAGCUUAAAAAAUUUAUUAAUAAAUAUCUGAUAGUAUCAUACUGAUACUUUGAUAUUAUGCUAUGAAUUGAUUAGAUACAUGUAAAUUACACAAACGGAUAAUUAUAUCUGUAUACAUAAUUUCAUGUAAUUAUAUCUUACAAAUUAUAUUUCAAUUAUUUUUCAAAAAAUAAAGCGUAAUUCUAAAAU